AUGAAGAUGAAAAGGCGAGACUUGAAAAACAUUAUCCCUUCUUCAAACAAACUAGAGGACUGGAGUUACAAGGAUCAAGACAAAUGGCUCAACACCUAUCCAAAGUGCGGUGGAAGAGCGCAGUCCCCAGUGGACCUCCCGUACAAGGGACUGAUAAAAGCCAGAGGCGCGAGGAGGCUGACCUUCAAGAAUUACGACGUGAAACCUGUGCAACUCACGGUGGAGAACGAUGGGAGAACUCUGUCCAUACGAGGGAAGUGGAAAGCAGAUGUCCAGCCGCUGAUAUCCGGAGGAGCGGCGCACGGAAGACGCUACAUCUUCCACUCGAUGACGCUGCACUGGCCCUCGGAGCAUUCCGUGGGGGGCUUCCAAUACCCCAUGGAGAGUCAGGUGCUGCACAUCUCUGCGGAGUAUGACACCAUGGAGCAGGCUGUUAACGCGUCGGCUAGAGACCCUCUCGCGUUCCUCAUCGUGGCUAACAUUUACAGGUUCGACAGUCGCACUCAAGAAGGAUUAAGCGAUCUGCUAGAUGCCGCCGGAAGUAUCAAGAACACGUGUCAGCGUAUUCCAGCCAAACCUCUGGAGUAUUACAGCCCUCCGUUGAAACAAUAUGCUUGCUAUCAGGGCUCACUGACCACUCCGCCUUGCACGGAGGCCGUCCUGUGGCUAGUCAGAGCGAAGGCUAUGACUGUGACAAGGAGUCGAGUCGAACAAGCUGAAAAGCUAUUGGAUGAGCAGUCACCGAUGCCUUUCCGUGGAGUCCAGCCAAUGAACGACAGAAAAACUUACCUCUUCAAAAACUGA